AUGACCAACAUUGGCGACCGUGAGAUCAUACUACCCACCCACACUAUAUUAGGCAUGUGGGUCGAAGGCGAUAUGGUACCGCGAACUCAAGGUUUGGUGACAGUCGGGUCGGGGAAGUACAAGGAAUGGCAAACUCUGGCAUAUGAGGCUACGACGGAUCGAGUGAACGAAUUCCCGAAAGAACCGAUCGGACCAUUGGUAGAUCGUCCUACGUAUGCCGCUCCCAAACGCAUCUUGAAACGUCCGUCUGAUGCGUUACAGAACCUGUCUCCGGCGAUCUCCACGGUAACGCCGCAAGCUAACGAUGACGAUUCGCAAAAGGCAGAUGCUGUAGUUGCGAGGGAAGUAACGGUCAGGGGAGCCGAACUAUCGCGAAUGGAGAACGGUCAUGAGAUCGGUACCCAACAUGCAACGAAGGGAGACCGCGACACCGGGCAAGAAGGGCUACGUGACAGAUCGUCUCUACCGAAGGCUGAGCCGACUGACCAACUGUUAAAAUUGGGCCAGCCGGAAGAGACGAAAGAGCCUAAAGAAGAAAUAGUGCUAAAUACUGAAGACGUCGAGAUUGCAGAAAUACCAGUUUAUCACCACGAGAGCGGAGAUUUGUUUGCGGAAGAUAUCGAGCAGCAUAUGGCCGUGCUACCAGAGAUGUCGGCGACUACGGAAGAAGUUACGAUUGAGGACAUUCAGAUCGGUGAUCCCGAUGUGCCUCUCACCACAGAUCAACAACAGCUCAGAUCGCUGAUCUGGAAGAGCCGUCACCUCUUCAUGGGUAAAGGUAAUGCUCUACCACCAGCAGCACGAGGCGCGAUCUGUGAUAUUGAUGUCGGUGGGGCAGCACCGAUAGCGCAAAGAGUGCGUCCGGUCGCACCCAAAUAUCGGGAGAAGCUGUCAGAUCUCAUCAAAGGACUAUUAGCAGCCAAAAUCGUUCAGCCAUCCACGUCACCUUGGGCGUCUCCGAUAGUGGUGAUCAUCAAGAAGAACGGAGUGGAUAUUAGCCUUUGCAUUGAUUAUCGAAGAGUGAACCAGCUGACGCGUCUGAUGGUAUAUCCCAUGCCGUUGAUCAGCGAUCUGUUGGAAGAUCUGGAUAAAGCUCUAUGGUACUGUUCGCUAGACAUGGCUAGUGGAUUUUGGGUCGUCGAAAUGACUGAACGAGCAAAACUGAUCUCAGCGUUUGUCAAACCGUUUGGCUUGUUCGAGUGGCUGCGAAUGCAUUUUGGGCUUAAGAACGCGCCCCAGAUCUACAAACGUCUGGUGGACAAUGCGUUGUAUGGAUAUCUCAAGAUCGGCCAGAGAUCAGCUUCUGAUGGCCCGAUCGACGUGUUCAAAGAUGGAGAACCUGAGACAGAUCGACGACCGUCUAUACUGGGACGCCGAUCUUACAUUGACGUGGAAUCUGUCUAUCAGCCUCACGAAGAGCUUUUGGGGUGCCGUAAGGUCGAUUAUUUGGGAUAUCGAGUGUCGAUGGAUGGUCUGGAGGCUCAGCCCAAGAACCUAGAGUCGUUGGUUAACAUCCCGUUUCCUAGCACGCUACGAGCUAUGCAAUCCUUUCUCGGGAGCUUGAACUACUACCGUCGCUUCAUUGAGGAUUUCGCGGUGUAUGCCGCGGUGUUGUAUGAGUUAAGAGAAUCGGAUUUCUUCGAGAUCGGCCGAUCUCAGCUUGCAGCAGGAGACGAAUGCUCCAACGAGGGUCGAUGGACGGAAGCCAAGGUUACUUUCACUAUGCUGAAAGCUAAGAUAGCUACAGCUCCCAUGCUCAAGCAUUUCGACCCAGAUCGGUCCCCCGUAAUCGUGGUCUACGCUAGCAAGUGGGCUGUCUCAGCGGCCCUGAUACAGGAGUAA